AUGGAAGAACCACAGAGCCUCCGAUCCUUAUUUGACUCUGCAAAGGAGCAAAAGAACAGUCUGGGGUCGCGUGGCGAUACCAACACCGAGACCUACCGUGAUGAGGUCAAUGCCGCCAUUUCAAGGUUCCAAGAAUGUCAGCGUCAAGUGAGCAUCCUAUCACUUUUCAGUUCCAAUGAAUUGCUGGAGGAUGUCUCUACUGGCGAUCUUCAGUACAUGUCGCUGGAAUACCACCUUGCCGAGCUCAUGCAGCGAGGCGCCACCUCGGAUCGUGAAGCUGCUCUUCGACGUGCCCUAGAACAAUACGAGAAAUACCUGAUGCGCCUGGAUGAAUAUAUGCUACUCCCUGCUGGAGAUAAAAAGCUCUUUGAGCAAUACAUGACCAAUCCGACCUCAUUCACCCUGGCACCAUCCAACGAUGCCGCCGCCCGUCGAGAGAUUAAAGUCAAUCGAUUCAGGGAAGAGAAAGAAUUGAAGCAGAAGUUAGAGUACUUUACCCGCAACGAAGCUCGACUGCAAAGCGACGAUGACGAUACCAGAUCACUCUACCUUGCAGAGCUCCAGCUUUAUACCCACCAGACAUUCCAAGCAUUGGAUCUACUCAUCCAGGAACUGUCGAUACUUUCAGCAAUGCGCAAUGCUCCACCCCGCCCACCACCCACCGAUGACCCCAGACAGCGCAGUAACAUUGGAGGAUUAAAUUAUUCCGACCGCUUAGAUCCUUCAAUGUCGCAGCUUCUAGGUAGAGGCCGAGGCGGCCCCAUUCUGAACAGCAAAGGAAAGCCGAUGCAGCCCUUUACAUUGCUGGGCCGACGCUCAGAAAUGCAGCAAGGAGUCUUCCGCCCCGGCCAUAACCUGCCUACGAUGACAAUUGAGGAUUAUCUGGAUGAGGAACAUAGAAGAGGCAACGUCAUUGAAGGAGGUGGAGAGAAGUCCGGCAUCAAACCCGAAGUUGAUGAGGAUGAUCAUAAUAUUGCUGACCAAGAGACGUUUAAGGCUCGAGCUUGGGAUGAGUACACGGAAGCCAAUCCAAAGGGUGCUGGUAACACACUCAAUCGGGGAUAA